AUGAUUGCUGCAACGGAGGGUGACGAGUCAUCUAGUAGCGGUACCGUCGCGGGGUACGAUGGCAGACCUCCGAAUGAUGGUGUUGGAUCAAGAGUUGGUGACAGGCCACCGAAUGAUGGUGUUGACUCUAAACACAGUGGCAGGCAAUCAGAUGAUGGCGCUACUUCAAGAGAUGGUGACAGACUACCGGAGAGUGACACUGCUUCAAGAGAUGGUGGCGCUACUGGAGUGUCGGUUGCUUCUAAUGACACCAUUGGGUGUAUCGGGCUGGUUCCAAUGGCUCACCCGUCGUCUUCUUCGUCAAGCGUGGUUAACUUGAGAUGUCAGCCGCUCCGAACCACCUUAGUUGCUGAGAGAUGGUCGUCGGAAUAG